ACCGCCGAAGAUGUGGGGUCUCGCUUCUGGAUCGGUCUCUACGCCUCCUUCGGUUCCCUGCGCUGGAUCUCCGGCUAUCCCGCAGUCCCGGUUGCUUUUUGGCAAACUGGGUCCGAGGGCCAAGGCAAAGCUUGCAUCUACAUCAGCCAAGGUUGUUACCCCGCGUAUACUCAUUCUCCUCUGUUACAACAAACUACCUAACUAUACUUGUGCAGCAUAA